UUUAAUCUGUGGUUACAUUUGUGUAAUUGUGUAUGCAAAUCUCAAAAAACAUCGAUUUCAAGAAUAUUUAACAAAUUACACAGAAAAUUAAAAAAUAUUAUACCCAUUUUCUUUCCUCAGAUAUAUAUCCACUUAAUAACCAGUAGAAACUAGUGGAAUUAUGUGACCGUUUUGUGUGCAAACUGCUUUUAUUUGUAGUUGGUACCGCGGUACCCUUAUUUUGGUUAAUUCGGGGCACAUUUCGUGCUGAAGAUGAGUAAAAGGCGUCGAGCAUCAUCAGUUGCUAGCCGUGGAGCUGACGGCGACGACAGUGAUGAUGUUAGUGAGAUUAGCAACCCUGGGCCGCCGCCCUCCACUCGAAAAAGGAAGAAGUUGGAUCCCGGUGAUCUAUGUCAGCAACUAUAUGACACAAUCAGGUCUUACAAGAAGGAAGAUGGCUCAUCUCUGUGUGACUCCUUCAUCAGGGCUCCAAAAAGACGUCAGGAGCCUCAAUACUAUGAAGUUGUUACUCAGCCUAUUGAUUUGUUGAGGGUACAACAAAAGCUUAAAACCGAUACAUAUGAGGACAUAGAAGAGUUGUCAGCAGACAUAGAAUUGCUGGUGAACAACGCGAAGGCAUUCUACAAGCCUAAUAGCGUUGAGUAUAAAGAUGCCAUAGAGUUGUGGAAGAUCUACACGCAAAAUAAACAGGCUCUGGAAAAUGGAGAAGAAAUUAAGACUCCGAAGCAGUCCCGCAAUGGUUCCUCAAGCAGAAGGUCGGAUGUGGCUGAGGAUCUCUCUGAGACCUCCACCAACAAUGAGGAGGACAUCUUUGAAGAACUGUUUAAUGCUGUAAUGACGGCCAAUUUAGACGGACGUCCUUUGUACUCGGCCUUCCAGUUCCUCCCAUCGAAGCGCCGCUACCCUGACUACUAUAAUGUGACCGACCAGCCCAUAGACUUGAAGACCAUAGCGCAGAAGAUACAAGGUGGAGAGUACUCCACACUUGCAGACCUGGAGAAAGAUCUGCUGCUUAUGGUCAGGAACGCUUGCCACUUCAACGAACCUGGCAGCCAGAUAUACAAGGAUGCCAAGAUGUUAAAGAAGGUAAUCCAGGUCCGCAAGCAAGAGCUGGACCAGCACGGUCGCGGCGGCCCGCCCAAGACGUCGGAACGUAUCCGCAGCAAGCGUAACUCGCGCGUCGGCCCCGUGCCCUCGUCGCGCGCACUCGCCAUCAUGGAGCCGCCUAGCUCCGACGACGAACAUGUUAAGCACUCAGAGGAAAGUGGUGGUGAUAGCGAUGAAGAGAAAAUAGAUAAUGAGGAUUCACCUCAAUGGAAGUUGUUUGAGACCAUCAAGAAUCAUUUGGGACCUAACGGUACGCCAAUGUCAGAACCGUUCUCGAAGCUUCCAUCGCGUCGUGCCUACCCAGACUACUACAAGGAGAUAAAGAACCCCGUGUCCCUCAACCAGAUCAAGAACAAGAUACGCCGAGGCAGCUAUGGCACUCUAUCAGAGGUGGCUGGCGAUAUGAACAUCAUGUUUGAAAACGCUAAGCAAUAUAACGUGCCCACUUCCAGGCUCUACCGGGAUGCGGUUAAAUUGCAAAGAUUGAUGCAACAGCGCGUGCAAGAGUUGCUGGAUAUAGUCCAAAGCUCGUCCAGCGACGAUGAGAGCUUAUCCUCAGUCAAGAAUCAGGCGCAGGUCAACACGCCCAGACCCAGAGGUCGUCCGCGAGUAAACCCCCUCCCAGUGUCCGCGUCGCCAGCAAGCUCUCCCGCUCCCAAAUCCAAUCUCCCCCUCAAGAAAAAACUCCACUACAUCGCCCGUCAGCUAAUGGAGUUCACCUGCUCUGAUGGGAGACAACCCAUGCUGCUGUUUAUGGAGAAACCCAGCAAGAAGUUGUAUCCGGAGUACUACAAUGUGAUUGACAGGCCAAUUGAUAUGAUCACCAUUGAGGCUAAUAUUAAGAAUGAUCGCUACAACUCAAUAGACGAGAUAGUAUCAGAUUUCCGUCUAAUGUUCUCAAAUUGCCGCCAAUUCAACGAAGAAGGUUCAAUGAUAUACGAAGACGCGAACCUUCUAGAACGCGUGCUGAACGAGAAACUCAAAGAAGUGAACAGCAAUUACGAACGGAAGACGCCGUUGAAGACAUUCAAAGCUGCUAAGUCGAGGCAGCUUUCGCCGUUUGAACAGAAACUUAGGACGCUGUAUGACGCCAUAAGAGAUUAUAGGGAUCCUAAAGCCAACCGCCAACUAGCCCUGAUCUUCAUGAAACUACCGAGCAAAACCGAGUACCCAGACUACUACGAACUCAUAAAGAACCCGAUAGACAUGGAGAAGAUCGCCCAUAAACUCAAGAACGGGGUCUAUUCCUCGGUCAACGAACUCGCGUCAGACUUCAUACUGAUGUUCGAUAACGCCUGCAAGUAUAAUGAACCGGACUCGCAGAUAUAUAAAGACGCUUUGAUACUGCAGAGGGUUUGUUUGCAGACGAAACAGUUGCUUAGGGAAGACGACGAUGCUAUACCCGACGUGCCGGCUCUAGUUCAAGAGUUACUGCUAACACUGUUCACUACGGUCUACAACCACCAAGAUGAAGAGGGCAGAUGUUAUUCAGACAGCAUGGCAGAACUGCCGGAGCACGACGAGACGUCCAACGGCGAGAAGGUUCGCGCGAUAUCUCUGGACCUCGUCAAGAGGAGACUCGACAAGGGACUGUACAAGCGGCUCGAUCACUUCCAGCAGGACAUGUUCGCUGUUUUUGAACGUGCCCGGCGCCUGUCCCGCACGGACAGCCAGAUCUUCGAGGACUCAGUGGAGCUGCAGGCGUACUACAUCGCGCAGCGCGACCUGCUGUGCCGCGCCGCGCUGCAGUCGCCCGCGCUGCACUUCACGCGGGACGCGCUCGCCACCAGCGUCGAGCUCGUCAAGCAGUGCAAGCUGCUGCAGGAGACCGAGGACGAAGACGAGACCAGGUCAAGCACAGACGAGUCAAUGACAGCAGGUAACGCUCCGCCACAAACACAGUACGGGAAGGGAGACUUCGUAUAUCUGCAACCAGAGAAGGGGUCUAAGGAGCCCGCCAUAGUGCAGUGUGAACGGGUUUGGACCAACAACGAGGGCGUGCCCAUGAUGUACUGCAAUGUCUAUUUCAGGCCUCACGAGACAUUCCACGUACGCACACGCAAGUUCCUCCAACAAGAAGUGUUCAAGACCGAAACACACCGCACCGUGCCCCUGGACCAAGUAUUGGGACAAUGUUAUGUUAUGAACGUCAAGGAGUACUUCAAGUUCAGACCCGAAGGUUUCGUGGAUAAGGACGUGUAUGUGUGCGAAAGCCGCUACAGCACGAAACACCGCUGGUUCAAGAAGAUCAAGGUGUGGGAGGGAGCUGAAAAAGAAGUCACUCUUAUUCCCAGAGACGUACCUCUAGAGCCAAACAGAACAGUGUCCGUCUUCCGCGAGCGCGUUGAGAAGCACAAGGACGAGCUUGCCGAGUUGGAGAUAUUGGAGAACGUACAAGAGAAGGAAAGACCGGACGUAGUGAUGUACAACCCGCUGGGCACGGACGAUGAGAACACGUACUACGAGCAGUACAACACCGUGUGCUCGGGCGUGAUCAAGACGGGCGACUACGUGUACGUCGUCACCGACGGCGGCAAGCAGAUGAUCGCGCAGGUCGACACUAUCUGGGAGACUGGCGACAACAAAUGCUACUUCCGCGGACCGUUCUUGAUCUUCCCUUCAGAAGUAUCCAACAUCAUCAGUAAGCCUUUCUACAAACAAGAGGUGCUCCUGACAACGAUGCAUGACACAAGUCCACUCGUGGGCAUCGUCGGCAAAUGCGCAGUGCUGGACUACGAUGACUAUCUCAAAUGUCGUCCGACAGAGAUAUCGGAGGGCGACGUGUACGUGUGCGAGUCAGUGUACGACGAGUCGAGCCGCGUCGCGCGCAAGCUCAAGUCCGGCCUGCGCAAGUUCGAGCACACGAAGGACGUCACUGUAGACGAGAUCUACUUCUUCUCGAAGUCUCUGGGCCCGCCCGCGCUGGCCACGCCCCAGGACGUGCAAUCCUCAUCCAGCGCCUUCACGCAGAAGCCCUUCAACCCCACCAUACAUAUGGAUUCCUUGGACGGCAAGCCGCAGUUCACGAACCUAAUCAACACGACGAUCGGCAGUCAGGACGUGGAGAUGAUCCUCGAGAACUCGCUUGACGACUCCUCGCUGGCCUCACCCGCCACGCCGCUCUCUAUAGGCGGUAACAGCAACUCAUACAACCCAUCAAUGUCGAGCGGCACGGAACGACCAACCGCCACACCGGGCAAGAAGAAGAAGGAACAGAAGCAGAAGAUCGUCACCGGGUACAUACUAUACUCCAGCGAAGUAAGGAAGGCGAUCAUCGCCAACAACCCCGAGUCUACUUUCGGCGAGAUCUCUCGUAUAGUGGGGAACGAGUGGCGUUCGCUUCCUACGUCCACUAAACAGAGUUGGGAGGAGCGUGCGGCAAAGUGCAACGAGGAAACCUCGGCCAGGCUCGCCGAGGAGAUGCGGGAGCUUUCACAACACACCCCGAUGGAGAUGACAUUCGAAUGUGCUUGGGGUGACUGCGACUACCAAUUCGAAGAUGUCUCAGACUGCAUGGAGCAUUGCAUCGGCGACGGAGGGAACAGCGUGUCGGCAGCGGGCCACGUGCAGAACCACUACCGCGGCUCGUUCAGCGACUACCCGUGCCUGUGGCGCAACUGUGCGCGCGUGCGCAAGGGACAGGCGCCCUUCCCCAACCUGCCGCGGCUGCUGCGACACGUGAGGGACCUGCAUGUCAAUAAGGGCAACGGGAGGAUCAUGCCCAUCCAUGAACGGUCCAGAAACUUCAUCCCGUCUACGAAGAAGCCGCCGAAGGCGUACUCGACCAACUUCCGCAGCGGCGUUAUGUCCCCCGGAGGUACACUCUCUAACACUAGCGGUAGCCAAGCGUCGCUGUCGGGAAUGUCCCCGCUGGCACGCAACACGCCGUCCCCGGGCGGCGAGGCGGCGCUGGCGCCGGCCGCGGCCCCGCGCGCGGGGCUGGAGCCGCUGUUCGUGCCCGCGCCGCCGCGUGCGCAGCGCGUCACGCACUCCGAGGCGUACAUACGGUAUAUCGAAGGCCUUCAUUCAGAGCAGAAGUACAUUACCCCCUGGGAGAAAUCCCUCACACCCAUGCCAGUCAACCCGGACCCAGCUCAGUUCAACAUGCACAAAGUCCCGUCCCACUGGAUGACCGAAGAAGCAGUCAACGGUUACUUGGCUCAUGACAAGAAUCUCUCAGAAACGGACAUCUCAAAAAUGGACCAUAAUAGCAAGGUCCUAAAAGGUCUAUGUGCCUUGAGAGACUUUCUUAUGAAAGACGCUCUUUGUGUUUAUAAGAAUAUAUCAAAUUAAUUCUAUAAUGUAUAAGACUUUUUUCUACUUAGUUUUAUUAAGAAUCUUUAAAAUUAACGUGUUUUUGCGUCGUCGUCUCGUGUCGUGUAGUUCUUUAUUAUUAUUUAAGUGACAAUUUGCAUUGAAUAGUAUUACAUUAAAAUACAUUUAUUAAG